CGGAAACGAACGAGCAUCUGCAUGGAAACAUGACGCUCUAUUUUGACCAUUUAUGAAAAAAUACGGAUUAUAUUAGCAAAGGAAUAACAAAACAGUACCCAAUAUGGAAUUGAAUACAGAACAGACUUGUCUUUAAGCUCCAAAACAAUUCUUUUCAAUUAUUAAAUAAUGAUAAGAAAUUUGAAGUGUUAGAAUGGUGAAAUAUGGAAUAAAUAAUCUUUAGACCGGAACAUCGAAUAAGUAUACUUCUUAUAGCAUAUAUGAACUAUCUGAUAGAGAUAAAUCGUUGAUUGUAGGGUCUCUUUUUCAAAUCAAGUAUGGAGUAACCUGAAUAUAUGGAUUAGAUAUAUUGACCAGUUUUACACUCUGUUCUGCAUAUCUCGACAGUAUAACAACUUUGAAUCUCCGGGAGGUGAAAUUUUGCCAUUCAUUAAAUUCAUUAACAAAUUAAUGUUCUUUUCUUUAUUGGAGUUCAUAUAAGGGUUUAAUAAUUUAUUGAGUUUUAAUAGACUUGUGAUUAGUAGAAGUGAAAAAACUCUUUUGAAUGAGUGGAAAACCUUAAUGAAUCUUGUGUUGAUUGACAAGUUUAACGACAUUGAUGUGUGGAAAUUAUAAUUUGAACUGAAAGAAUGUUUUAAAAGUUGAAAAGAUUAUAAUAAAAUAAGUGGUGGUCACCUUCAGAAAAUCUGAUAAUAAAUGUUUAAUGAAGUCCAUGGGAAAAGGAUAGUGAAAUCUUAUAACAGCUGUGAAAAUUAGUGAAAAUGAGUGGAAAUGUGCGGAAAUCGACAAAGAACACGCGCCCCCUCGGUGCUAUACGACAGCCAAUUCAGACAUUUGAUCGUGUUGGUCGUAUACCAGCAUUUAACUACAACAAGACCAUUCACCAUGAUAUUGAACUUCAGGGAAAUGCAAUGCAGGUACCACCUCCAAAAGAAGAGCCAGAAAGGGAGGUUAAAACACCAGUCAAACCGAUCAUCAAAUCUGGGAAAUCAGAUUCUGGCUCAAGUACAAAAUCACAGAAGGAUGAAAACUUAGUUGAUAAGAAGGAACUACUAGAUGCAAAGCAAAUUAAUUUUACGUACAACUUCAGUCUAAAGCCAUGCUCCCAGUGUAAAACUCACAUGAGUCGUAUCAAAGAACUCCGCCAGCAGAUCACUAGCCUCGAAAAGGAGAUUGAAGAGCUGAAAGAGACGAUACAACAACGAGACGUCACCAUCGAGGACCUCAAACGACAAAAUGAAGAAAUGGAAGCCAAAUACAAGAAGAUGUACGAGGGUGAGGUGUCUUCCCACAAGGUUACCAAGACAACACUGGAGUCAACUCGGAAACAGGUGUCGGACCUUGAGGCAGAGAUCGCUCGGUUGCUCAAGGAACAGCAAGAGAAAUUGGAACAGUUGAAUAAACAGUUUGACCAAAAGCUUGCCGAGAUGACGGAACAGAAGGAUAAGGAAAUAGCAGACCGGGACUCAAAACUGAACCGGCUCAAACAACAGAUGGCUGAGUCUCUAAAGGGAAACUCAUGGGAGCGACAGCAGCAGCUGGAAGAGUUGACGAAGGAAUUAGGCCGGAUACAAGACGAGGCUGAUACACUUAGAAUGAAACUUAGGCAAUAUAAAAACAACAAGACGUGUACAAACUGUAAUGACAUGGCAUCCAAGCUGGAAAGAGCUGUGGUAUCGAUUAAAGAGAAAGACGCUUCAAUAAAAGAACUCAAUAGUUUGUGUUCAAAGUUUGAAACUCAGCUAAAAAAACAGGACGAAAUUUUGAAAAUGUUUGCGGACAAAAAGGGCCAUAAAAUAGGAACAUUUCCAAAGUGAUAAUAUUUGUAUUAUAUUAAUAUUUAUUUUGUCAUUGUCAUAAACCAUUAUUUAAAUAUAACAAACAUUUAGUGCCUAUCAUUUUCAUUUUACUCAGAAAAGAGUACAAGCAUUGACUUGUGUAAACUUUACUAGUUUUACAAGAAAAAAAGUUGGGUUUUUGUUGUAACCUUGGUGUCAUUGUCAAGUUUCAAUAUCUCUCAUCUUGGCCAUAACUGGAAAAACAGUUCAAAACAUUUAAAUAAAACUUGGUACAUAUGUUCCCAAAGACAAUUUGAACAUGUACAGCAAGGCCCAUAACUCUGGCUUUAAUAAUCAUCAAGUGAUGCCCCUUGUUCAACUGAGCAAAUUAGACAAGUGCUCUGUGGCACUUUUCUUAGUGCUCAAACAUUUUGUAAUUUUUAAUGUAUAUUGCACGUAUGUAGUGGCAAACAAAAAAAAACCCCAGUACAACAGGGUUAGUGAAAAAACCCAUUACGAAAUAGACAUUAAAGAUCUACAAUGUUAGAUGUUACAUGAUUGUUAUGAUAUAUUUUUGAUAUUUGAAUGACCUGUGAUAAUAUAUAUGUUACGUUCUGUUUUAAACAAGUUGUGCUUUUUUUGAGUCGCCUGAAAAACGACAUAUUGGUAUUACUUUUUGGGUUGAUUGCGACAAUGUUUGGAUCAGCAAAACAUUGUGCACACAAUUUAUUAAGUAUUCAGUUCAAUUUGGCCUCAGUAACUUGAGUAAUGCGCCUUUUUCAAUAAAAAAUAGUAGGUUUUUCGUGUGCAGUCAAUUACCUAAGUAAUUUGUACCUUAUCAUGACACAACUUAGUGACAUGCAGUGUUGAAGGGCGUAAUGUAUCAGUCAUAUUUUUUAUCAUGGGGUCAAUCACCUCAAUAACUCCAUGGUUAUGCCCCUUUUACAUUAAAAUUCUGAUAGCUCACAUAUUAUUGAAGGGUAUGAUAAUCAGACAGUUAUCAUUAUAAUGACAUUUUACUACAAAUUUUGGCUGCUUUUCAUUAAAGUUGGUAUUACAAUUGGUUUGACUAUGAUGGGUGCUCGAAACAAGCAACAUAUCCAAUUCUUUGGAAAUUUAGUUUAAAAGUUUCUAUUUUAAAUAGAUGUCUGUAAAUGUUGGGUUUGGAGCUGUGGUUCAUUUUAGAGUUCAUUGUUGUAAUUAUUCAUUGCUUAUGAAAUUAUGCAAUGUGUUCGUUAUAUAAGCUUGUCAUUUAAUAUUUUAUCAGAUAUAUUUAUAUUUAUUUUUAUAACGAAUAUCUUCAAAUUAUAACCAAUUAUAAUAUAUCGGGCAGAUUGUUCAGAACAUUAUUAAAGCUGCACUCUCACAGAUAAUUAUACCAUUUUUACAACUUUUUUAUUUUUUGUUUUGGAAAGAGCAAAUAUUUGUGUAAAUAUUUACAAACCAAUGAUAAAAGAUUGCUGACAAAAGAUCAGAUCGCAGAGUUCCAUAUUUACUUCGAAAAUUAAUGUUUUAUGGUUUAAACCA